CAUUUCCAGCCCAGCGCAUCCACGCACUCUCCUUCCCGAGCCCACACAGUACGGCAGACUCACCCCAAUGUCCAAGCUCAUAGGAAGGCUUCUUGUCGGUCUUGCCUGUCUCGCCCUCUUCCACGCCGCCUUCUCUACAUAUGAACAUCUUUCCAUUCUCAAAGCGCUCUCAAGGCCGACGUCAGGCUUGCCUCUCUCUAUUGUCAUUGAAGCAUUCGUUUCUUUGAUAUGUUUCAUAAUAGGAAUCGUCUACGCAACAGGCGAGUUGAAAGACGUUACUUAUCGGGGGGAGCUGGCUCAUCGUACUAUUGAUGAUUCUGAUGCCCGGAUGGGCUUCAUGAAGUUAUCGAAGCGGGGAAAAGCUAUUUUCGGGGACUUGGAUAGAUGAUACCUAGUCGGCGAACCGCGGUUACGGGCCAUGUAAUCUAUUUUUGACGAAAUGUAAAUGCAUAUGCACACCAACAAAACUGGACCCAAAAAAGGACCCUCAUCAUCAACCGGUCCCUCCGCCGAUAUAGAUACACUAACGCUCCCUCAAAGCCCACUUCAGACCACCCCAUCUUCUUCCAUUCCUCUCCACCCCGGUUCUCACGCCCUUCUUUCCACCCAAACGUUCCCUCUCAGAUAUUCCAGUCCAUCUCCCACGUCCGUCUACCCAAUCCUGCACUCGAACAUUCGAUGGUAGUUUUUCUUUUGCUGAAAGAAGCUGAUCUGAUGGAGAAGGGAGCUGACGAAGGGGGUUUACAAGAGGAAUGGCAGGGAGAGUGCGAAUAUGUGGGCGAAGCUGAGCAGGAACGAGGGAAAG